AGCACGUCAGUGAGAUUAAGAUCGUCAGGAGGAAAAGGAGACGAGAGAGAUAAAGAUAGAUGAAAAGAUACAUACGGCGAGAACCGCGCGUUCUUCCGCUAGUAUUAAAGAAGACGUUGAAAACGGAAGAGCAUCACAAAGUAGGAAUCCUGUGAAAGCGAACCGCGAAGAGUGGUAGAAAAUUUACGAGUUUCACUACAAUGGCGGAUAACAAGGACGAAGUGUUUGAAGAAUGUGCUGACGAUAAGAAAUGUGAUAAUGACGAAGAAUGUGUUAACGACAUGGAAUAUUCCGUUGACGAAGUGGAUUCUAACGGCGAAGUGGGUUCUAACGACGAAGUGAAUUCUAACGACGAAGUGGAUUCUAACGACGAAGUGAAUUCUAACGACGAAGAAUGUUCUAAUGACGAAUUUUCUAAUGCUGAAGAAGACGAGGACGGUGAGCAGCGGGGGCGCCGGAGCAAAAGGGCUAUAAUCGACCCACCGCUAAGAACGCCGAUGUACUAUGAUCAUAAAGGAAAACUUAGGAGACCUUUUCGUCUACCACGGAAAAAUUUUAGAUAAAUUUCUUUAUGUCAACCGAAUCGAUCAACCAAAUAAAUUACAAUAAAACAUA